AUGGAAACCAAAUCCGGGUCAGACAUCCAUCUACCCCCGGGCUUUCGAUUCUACCCAACCGAUGAAGAACUCAUAGUUCAGUACUUGAACAACAGAAUUCGAUCAGCUCCUCUACCAGCUUCCAUUGUUGCCGAGAUCGACCUCUACAAGUACGACCCAUGGGACCUACCAAGCAAGGCGCUCUUUGGAGAGGACGAAUGGUACUUCUUCACACCCAGGAACAGGAAGUACCCAAACGGAGCCCGCCCCAACAGGGCAGCAGCUUCAGGCUAUUGGAAGGCAACCGGGACAGACAAGCCCAUUCUUACCUCAACUGCAAUGUCAAGCGUCGGUGUCAAGAAGGCUCUUGUCUUCUACAAAGGCCGCCCUCCUAAGGGAAUUAAGACUGACUGGAUCAUGUAUGAAUAUAGGCUGCCUGAUACUGUGGUCUCCACUGCCAGGCAAAAAGGGUCCAUGAGGUUAGACGACUGGGUCCUAUGCCGGGUUAGGCAAAAGUGUAGUAGCCCUAGGAGCCUUUGGGAAGAUCCAAGUGCUCCUCUUAAAGAACUAGCAGGGACUUUCCCAAAACAAAAUGAGCUGCUGCAAAUGACUGCAAAUCCUAAUGACGACGCGGUGAAGAAUUACCUCUACAAGGAGUGCCCAAUGCUGCCUUACAUAUUUGCAUCUCAAGAUUUUUCCUCCUGCACCACUAAACAACCAGCAUCCAGCAUAAACUUUCAAGGCAGUGAGAAGUCAAGCAUUUCAGGUUAUGAGGAAGAUUCUUCGGAUGAUAAGAACCUGCAAUUCUCAUCAGUUACUUCGCUAGAUAACUUCUUUAACCCACUGAAGCGCAAAGAUGUUGGAAGAGAACAUCAGCAGCAGGAUUCUAGUUUUUACCUAGGCAAGAAGCCUAAAAAUGGAGAUUUCGACGAAGAUACGAUGAUAUCUAUAUGUGAGGAUACCUUCGAUAUCAACUUUUGUGGAGACGAUCAGUUUUAG